ACAUUGAACCACUGUGGCCUUGUGGGUAGGCGGAAAGGGCUCAAAUAGGUACGUGAUAGCGACAAGCGCACGUUGCAGAGUCGAGAAGAAACACUAAAUAAAUCACUUUUCAAGAUUUACGAAGAAACAUGUCCAUUGGGGUACCAAUCAAGGUCCUGCAUGAGGCAGAGGGACACAUUGUAACCUGUGAGACUAACACCGGAGAGGUGUACAGGGGCAAGCUGAUCGAGGCUGAGGACAACAUGAACUGCCAGAUGUCCAAUAUCACAGUGACUUAUCGUGAUGGCCGGGUGGCACAGCUGGAGCAAGUCUACAUCCGUGGCAGCAAGAUCCGCUUUCUGAUCUUGCCUGACAUGUUAAAGAAUGCUCCUAUGUUAAAGAGUAUGAAGAACAAGAACCAGGGAUCUGGUGCAGGAAGGGGCAAGGCAGCUAUUCUCAAAGCACAAGUGGCAGCAAGGGGUCGAGGCCGUGGCGGAAUGGGAAGAGGCAACAUCUUUCAGAAGAGGCGAUAAUUGCUUCAGCUAUCUUGCUUUGUAUAGUCUUUCAUUUUUCACUUGUCUUUUUUGAAUUGGAUAUCUUGGAUAAUGUUUGAAGUCCUGUCUGUUGCAGUUUAUUGAUUUAAUUUCAUUUUUUAAUUAAAAUCAACAUUUCAAUUUGA